CUUUUAAUCAAACAUAGCCGCACUAUUCCACCAUGCUAAAAUUCCUGUGUCUUCUUUUUAUUUUUUCUGAUGUUGCAAAUGCAGCGCAACACAAGGCGACAUUCCAUUCGGUUGAAGUUUCUGGUGCUGAAGAAAAUCCAUAUGUAGAUGUAAAGAAAUCUAAAGGAAAAACUGACAUAGUCUGGAAAACUGAAGUCAAUCAGAAAUCACCACCUCUGAAGGCAACCUUUGUUUUUCAUUUCCAUAACUCUGAGCAAACUGAAACCACUCAAUUAGAAAACUUGUGUAUUGAAUAUGAAGAAGGCACUACUGAAAGAAGCGUUCAGAAAUAUUUGCUGAAAGCGCUUGCAAAUGCGGAUGAGUGUCCAAUUCAAAAUGGAACAUCAUUAUCUGUUCCUCAUUCAUUCUCCCUGUCAUUUUCGACUGAUGAUCCACUUUGCGGAGAUGUUGAGAACGCUUUCAAAGUAUUCAAAGAAAUGGACUCCAAAAAGUGUCAAUUGCUCAUUACCGGAAGUUCCAAAGGGACUGUGACUGGCUGCUAAAUUAAAAAUUAUUUAACCUUUUUAGUGGAUUCGAUUUAAAAAAUAUUAUGUGUAUCAAUGCAAUGUGUUAAAAUAAAAAAUUGCAAUGCUGCAAUGGCCAAUAAAAUGUUUAAUGUCAUAGAUUUAAUGUUAUUCAAGUAAAAAGGUUACACUUAAUAUUCUAACUGCUGGCUCUAUAAUUAAGUCUACAAAUUUACUAC